GUUGUGUGCCUACAUCAUCAAUCCAAUGGGCCCAACAGGCGCUUGCCUGCCUGCAGCAGUGCAGCCUGAUGCCGCUGCGAUGCGUCAAAAUUAGCAGCAGGGAGUGUGCACAGUUCACGGCUGUAUUUUUUCACCUUUCGCCGGCCCCAUUACAAACACACUCUCUGUAGCUAGCUCGUGUGUAAGCCACUAAGCCCUCGUUGUUAAUCUCGGCCAAGAACCUACCAGAACUCCCAAAUCGAAAAGGAAAGCGGCGAGCUUUCGCGCGCGCCGUCCGCCGGGUACGUCACCGACAGCCAUGGACUUCGACGAGCACGACGGCGACGGCGACGAGGAGAUGACGCCGAUGCCCGUGACCUCGAGCUACGACGCGCCGAUGCAGCCGGGGCUCGGGCUGGUAGGCGGCGGCGGCGGCGGGACCCCGAAGCCUGGGGACUCCGGAGAAGGGAGCUUCAGGACGCCAGGUAGCGGCGGGGGAGGAGGUGGAGGUAGGGGCGGCGGUGGCGGGGGCGCGAGGUAUCGGGAGUGCCUCAAGAACCACGCGGUCGGCAUCGGCGGGCACGCCGUCGACGGCUGCGGCGAGUUCAUGGCCGCGGGCGAGGAGGGCUCCAUCGACGCGCUCCGCUGUGCCGCCUGCGGCUGCCACCGCAACUUCCACCGCAAGGAGUCCGAGUCGCCCACGGGCGGCGUCUCGCCGGCCGAUCCCGCCGCCGCCAUCACCGCCUACGGCGCGGCGGCGCACCACCACCCGUUCUCCCCCUACUACCGCACGCCCGCCGGGUACCUCCUCCACCACCACCAGCCGCUGGCGGCCGCGGCCGCGGCUGCGGGGCACAUGCAGCGCCCGCUCGCGCUCCCGUCCACCUCCCAGUCGGGGCGCGACGAGGGCGACGACAUGUCCGGGCUGAUCGGCCCCAUGAUGGUGGCGCCCAUGGUGGGCAUGUCCCUGGGCUCCGGCGGCGGCCCGUCGGGGUCCGGGUCCGGGUCCGGCAAGAAGCGGUUCCGCACCAAGUUCACGCAGGAGCAGAAGGACCGGAUGCUGGCGUUCGCGGAGCAGCUGGGGUGGCGCAUCCAGAAGCACGACGAGGCCGCCGUGCAGCAGUUCUGCGAGGAGGUCGGCGUCAGGCGUCACGUGCUCAAGGUCUGGAUGCACAACAACAAGCACACCCUGGGCAAGAAGCCAUGAUCCCAUUCCCCCGGCGCCUGGUACACCGCCACUGAUCGCAUUGCAUCAUCGAUCUCCCUAGCAGCUAGUCUUUUUUUCCCCUCAUUGCCUUCCUUCUUUUUUUAGCUAGAAAAAAAAUGCAAGCUAGGUUCGUAGCGAGCAGUACUUGGAUUUUAGCUAGGAUGGAGGAGACGGUCGUUGUUCUUUUUUUUUCGCCCUAUUUUAUUCUGGUUCUUUGGCUGCGUGUGUUGUUUCCUGGUAGAUGAGACGAUCGUGACGUUGGUGUUGGGAUGGAGGAGGGCAGGGCAUGGCCAUUUGCCGAUUUGGAUCUUGGGAAUGUACUACUCGCUUUUGUGUUGCAAUUGAAAUUUCGUCGAUCCUGUCUGGGGAUUUGGGUU